AUGGAUGAUGAGGAAGACUUACACUUGAAAUCUAAUGACAAGAGUAGCGAUGAUUCAACCACUCCUGCAAAGAAGGAUGAUGAUGAUGAUGACAACGAUGAUCCUUCUGGAAACUUCAUUCCUCCUUCUACAGAGGCUACAAAGAAAAAUGAUUCUGAUAAAUCCUCAAAAUCUUCCCGUCCUCAUGAUUCGGAUGACAGACAUGAUGGUGGAGAAGCAAGUACCAACAAACCUCAUGAUAAAGAUGAUGACAGCCCGAAGACUGGUAACACUGAAAUUGUACAUCAUGAUGAGACUCAUGGAAAUGAGGAGCAUCACAUAAUGGCUGUUGACACCGAAUCAUUGGAUCACACUAUUGUGCUAAGUCAGAGUUCAGCCCGAGGCGAAAACUUGGAAGUGUCUCCGGGUGCGAAUCAAGACGACUUGUCUUUGAUAGAUGAGAACAUGAUCAUCUCUUCUCUGAACCUCAUUGAUGUUGCAGUAAGGUCAUAUCCUGACUACGCUCAAGAUAAAAAUUUAGAAGCGUCUUGUAGUGCUGGUCAUAAGGAUUCGCCUUUGCAACAAGAGCCAUCCGAAGACAUGCCAGCAGACUUGGCUAAUCAUCAUGAUCUUGCCUUGGUUCAAGGUGGAAAUCUGGAAGCACCUCCCAAUGAAAGUCAUGCUGAUCCAGCCGAAGCCUCAAAGAGUUCGGAUUCCUCUGAGGUAAUUGUUAACACCACUUCUGCUUUUACUUCCCUAAUGAAUGCUAUACAGGGAAUGGCAAAAACUCAGGAUACUCAUUUCAAAUCCAUAAAUGAGUCCAUUGUCAAAAUCAAGAAGGAUAUAAGGAAGCAAAAGAAGAAGGCAUCCAAAUCUACUGCUGAUGCAAGGAUCACAGCCCUUGAACAAAAGAUUGACACUGCUUUUUUAGAGAACUUAAUCUCACUGGGAUCCUUAAAAGAUUCCUUGGCUAAGAUUAAGAAGGUUCAACAGGACCUGGUCACGAAGCAUGCGUUCAUCAAAGAACGUCUCGAUCUCUCUUGUGUGAAGCUAGAAUAUGUGACAGGAAAUCAAAACCAACUGGUACCUAUAUCUCGGAAUUUGAGUGGACCCUCAAAGAGCUUCAGGUGUGUAUUAAUCGGCUAA